AUGAUGAAGAAAACUGAGGAUCCAGUAUCUCGUCAACAGUUCUACUCAAAAUGCAAGGAUAGCAUUGUUAAGAAGUCAAAUGAGUUGGGGGCUUUAUGUGACACAAAUAUUGCACUGUUAAUGGUUUCUCCAAAUGGUGAAAUGACCAGCUAUUCUAGUGGAAAAAGUUUUGAAGAUAUUAUGAUCAAAGAAAUGAACCAACCUGAUGAACUGAAUCGACGAUCCACUCCAAAUCCAGAUGAAGAGGCUCAUAAGGAGAAGCUUACUGAGCUCCAAAAAAUACUAAGUGAAGCAAAAGAGAAAAGAAGUUCUUAUGAACCACAAGUGGAGAAUAUCAACACACUGGAAGAAGCUGAUGCAUAUAAGGAGUAUCUUCUGGGUGCUAUGGGACGGGUUCAACAAUCCAAAGAACCAGUAGGGGAUGGAAGAUUUGAUGAAACAAGUUGGAUCACAUUGGAGAGUCAAAAGCACAUUUUCUAUAAUGCUUCUACCUUUAACAAAACCUAA